AGCAAGGAGUGCAGCCCAGCCUGCCAGCACACCUUAUAAAGCUGAGCUCAGGCAGUCCCUGCUGAGAUGGCUCUGGGUGACCUCUCUCAGAGCUGCUAAAGGGAAUCUCUUCAAGCUCCCUCCAAGGGUCUUUCAAAGAGACAUGGCACAAACUGGACUUAUGAUUUUUCUACUCAUAAGCUUACUACUGCUGGAUCAGACCAUCAGCCAGGCUUCCAAAUUCAAAGCCAGGAAGCACAGCAAACGUAGAGUGAAAGAUGACCUGAAGACCCAGAUUGACAAAUUGUGGCGAGAAGUAAAUGCUCUGAAGGAAAUACAAGCACUCCAGACAGUGUGCCUCCGUGGGACCAAGGCUCACAAGAAGUGCUACCUCAUGUCAGAAGGCACCAAGCACUUCCAUGAGGCCAAUGAGGACUGCAUAGCCAAGGGGGGAACGUUGGCUAUCCCGAGGAAUAACGAGGAAACGAACAUCCUUCGCGAUUACGGCAAGAAAAGCGUGCCCAGCGCAUCCGAGUUCUGGCUGGGUGUCACCGACAUGGUCACUGAAGGGAGGUUUGUGGAUGUCAAUGGCAUGGCUCUGCAGUACUCCAACUGGGACCGUGCCCAGCCCAACGGGGGCAAGCGGGAAAACUGCGUCUUCCUGUCUCAGGCAGCCCAGGGCAAGUGGGUGGAUGAAGUCUGCCGCACUGCCAAGAGAUACGUUUGUGAAUUCCUGAUCCCAUAAUUACAGACACAAAAGACCAGGCCAUGUUUUGGGUUAUCAACACACACUUUUGCUUAGUAACCCCUCCCACUUUGAGAGUGGCGAGUUAAAACUAUCCCUCUCCUGCCUUGAACUAACUCUUUCCUGAAACACAAGUUUUCUCUGUUAAUUUAUUUUCUAUUCACAUGCUAAAAAUGUUUAGUGAGUACUCACAUUAUGUACAGGGAUAUAUAUUAUGUUUUGGCCUAUAUUGUAUCAUAUUUUGGCAUAUUACUUCAGCCUGACAUUUGGGUUACUGGAUUUCACCUCCUAUUUCUGUACUUUAAUUAGAAAAUACUGUUGCUCUACAGUAUGAGCAGUGGGAAACCUCUCUGUUCUAAAGUUUAAGAGGGACUUUGGGAUUAUGUGAGCUGUUGUGAAAAACAACCAUCAUCCUUUACAAAGUAUAACUGGAAUAAUCUGUGGCCAAGAGUUUUAUCUAUGGGUUAAGAAUGCUGAAUGAAACAGAAAAAAAAUGGUGUUAAUUAUUUAACUACAUGCAGUACACAGUGAUACACUGCUAGAAAAAGGGGGAGUAGCUGUUUUAAAACAUCAGUUAGUCUAGACAUGUUUGCCUCUAAAUGUCUCAAUUAUGGUUAAAUAUUAGAUGUCAUUUGGAAUAUUCCCAUAGAAGAAACCAGCCUGGGAGGAGAUCGCGCUCUGCUGUGUGAAGCCCUGCUAAGCCUUGUCUCCUGCAGGCUCAGACAGGCUCUGCCAUUCACAGGGAGCUCCUGAAAGCUCCGGGAGGGAGACAGGAGCUCCCUUCUGGCACAGCAUUCCCUUCUCUCCCAUGGGAAGGGCAGCACACCCCAAGGGAACAGCAGAGUGCGGCCAGACCACACCAUGCAAAUGUCCCAGUUUAACACCUGGCAUCUGAAAAUGACGUAAAAUGUGCUGGCUGCUUUUGGCUGUUCAGAAGUUCACAAUAGAGAUUUGCCUUCAUGUCAUAAAUAGCAGUUUCUCUCCUUUUGUUUAAAUAUUUAAAUAUAUUGCUGCUUGGAGGAUAAUUCCUAUUUCUUACCUAUUAAACCUGCAAGAUCUUCUUAAAUUAUGCAAUAAAUCUGCAAUUACCAUUA